AUGAAUAGCCAUAAAAAAGCUUCUUUGAAAGCUUUAGAAACGCUUCGAAUAAACUCAAGCUCAAGUAUCUUGAUUACUAGUCGUUCUUACCCAGACGACAUCAAAAAGACUCUCGGAAGCGCUCCCCAGAUCAUCAUUGGCGCUGACGAUGACAAUUUGCAGAUAUACAUCUCGAGGGAGAUAGACGGGAGCGACAACGUCGAUGUCAUUGAUAGAGAGUUCAGGAAAGAAAUCAUCGCGAUCGUCAGCCAAGCCGCCCAGAAAAUGUUUCUAUUAGCGGUACUCCAGAUCCAGGCGAUCCUCGCUGAGCCUACUUUUGGUGAAAUGGAAGAAACCCUGAGCACCAUACCUUGGGGUUUGAAUGGCGCUUUUGAGGAGACAUUGCAGAGGAUCCACAAAUUACCAGACGGGCGCAGAAGACUAGGCUUGAGCACGCUGAUGUGGGUGUCUCAUGUGAGCAAGCCCUUGACGGUCACCGAAUUAACCGAUGCUCUUUCAAUAAAGCUAGGCCAAAUGUUUCUAAAUACGAAGUACUGGCUCUCACAAAAGAUGAUCGUCGAUUGUUGUCUGGGUCUAAUCACCGUGGACGAAGAGGGUUCUGUGAUCCGCCAGGUGUACUCUACGGUUCAAGAACAAUUUUGCAAACAACUAGAUCAGACCUUUGCCUUAGGCGAACAGACGAAUGCGGAACUGUCGAUUACACAUCUACUGACAGAGUCGUUUGCGCAAGGAUGCUGUCCGGACGAGAUCAGUAUCAUAGCGGUGAUAUCUCAUCACCCCUCCAUCAAAUAUGCAGAUCAGCUCUAA